CUGACGGUCAGCGUGCAGUCAGCGCGACUCUAAAACCAACCAAUACAUUUUUAUGGUACGGUAGGUCGUGCUGGCCUGGCAGAAUUGGAUCGCAAAUCGGAAUGCUUAUUGCUGGACAUAAAAAUUCUUGUGCAUACCAUACACUACACAAACUGUAUCUAAAAAUAAUUCAGACAUAAAUAUGAAUAACACCCACUAUAUUCAAUACUUUAAGUUUAAAGAUGCUAAAAAUUAAAUAGGCAAAAAACGGUAAACAAUGUAAUCGGUAUUUAUAAUCUGUGACAAUGUCGUGGAUGGCGCCAUCUGUUGAUCAACAUAAAAGUGGUUCGGAAUGUCAACUUGGCAACAUAACUUUUACUGCUAUUUUUACUGAUAUUAGUUAAAAAUGAAUCCUAUUCCUAGUGGGAUAAGGAGCUAUAAAUGUUACUUUGAACUUUGUUAAGAAUAGAACUUCGUAUGAGCGAUCAUAACCUAAGAUCUUAAUUUUCAUGCGAAUUCGCUUUCAUUUUACAUCGUGUGAAGUGGUUGUAAGUUCAUACAAUUAAUACAGAUGUGAAAUACAUUAAACAAAGAUUUAGUAAGUGUUGAGUGUCUGUGGUUUUCAUUAUCAUACACCGGUAAUGUGUUUUGUGUAAAAAUGUCAAGAAUUAUCUUCGAAAUGUAGGCUGAACGUCUGGCGUCGAAAAAUUUCGAGCUUAUUUGAAGAACUGAACAUGGAAUUGAAAAUGAAUCAAUGAUAAUAUGUUGAAAAAUGGAUACUAAAAGUCUUCAGAAAAAUAAGCAACCAAAAAAGAUGAAAUCUGCAAAGGAUAAGCAUGAAGUAUUUGUACUUCCUCCGGACCUUUUGAAGAAACUUGGUAUUAGUAUAGGAAACAUUAAUGUGAACCAAGUGAAUUCUUCUACACCUGCCAUCGAGCUGCCCAGCUCUGACAAUAUCAAUGAUGGGUACUUCGAAAAUAUUUCAGACCGAAAUUGUAGUCAGAUGCCAUCUGACACCUCUAUUUUGGAAACUGCAACAUUAAUGAAAAAAUCGGUGUUUCUGAGUCCUACAUUUAUUCCAACUAUUGCUAAUGGUAUUCCUGAAGAAGUUAAAAUUGCAAGCAAAAGUUUUGUUCCAGAAACUGUUUCUGCAACUAACUUGGUAGGCACGGAACCUGUGAGCUCCAUUGAGGUUUUGAAUGUCUCUAAUAAUACUACAGAAUGUCUCAGUGGAAAUAAUACUGAUUUACACUAUGAUAUAUCCUUCAAUGGAGUACCAACAUCUUUGAUUGGAAAUGAAAUGGAAAUCGAAGAAAACAUGAAUGUGGUAUUAGAUGAUCAUCUAGCAGAAAUAGCAAACAGCUGUAUUAAUUCUUUGGUUGAUAACCAAUCAUUUGAAAUUAACAGUGAUAUAGAAUUGACCGUAAAUUCCACAGACUCAGACCCCAAUCUAUUGUCUUAUAAUCACUCUAACAAAGAAAUUCCCAUAUCAAAUACAUCUAAAAUAAACAUUAUCUCUGAAGAAACAAUCCCUCUUUCAAAACUUAAGGAACUGAAAUCAUUAAAAUUAUGUGAUGUGAAAAAUUUAACCCCCAUUACAGUGCAGUCAGUAAUUGAAGCAAAAACUAACCAUGAAAUCAGUAAGUCUGAAGAACAGAUUAAUAUUUCAAUCCUUACAGUGCCUUUACAAAAUAAAAAUACUAAAUCAAGCUCAGAUUUAGAGGAGAAUCUUGAAAGCACACUGACUGAAACCACAAUUAACAAAAUAACAGAAAACACACCAGUUGUGAUUGAGGAGACUAAUAAACCCACUAACAACAAAUCAGGAACAAACGAAUCAUGUAACAAAAAGAAAAUACAUUCAAAUAAAAAUAAUAAUAAAUCUAAUAUUGUUAAGGAUGAUUGUAAUGUAAGUGAUAUUAUUAAAUCAGACAAUGUGUCAGACGGUCCAUCGAAGUUUGAAACAAUAACUAAAAUGGUUACCACAGAAAUAGAUAAAAACGAAAAUAAUUUCCAGAAUUGUAAUGGAAAGCCUCAUGAGAAAGAGGAUUCCAAUUUAGCUCGGUCUGUAAAACCUAAUAUUGUUAAAAAUAAAGAAUCAAAUGAUGUGGAAACAAAUAUUACUGCACAAACUGUUAUUGAGCAAAAACAUGGCAAGGAACCUCAAGUAAUGUCUAAAUCGAAAUCUACAAAUAAAAAAGACCGUAAACAGUCUGAUACAGAACCCAAUGAUGAGAAAUCAGAACCUCUUGAGUUAGCUAGUAUUUUAAAUGCAACAAAAAAAUUGGCAGAUAAUAAUGCAGAAAUUAAAGUAGAGAAAGUUAAGGAGAUAGCUGCAUAUUUAAAGAAGUUUUCCCACAUUUACACAGACAAAAAUAAAUCGAAGAAAGCUUUUCUUAACGUUCCAAAUAAUAAGAAAACAAUUAAUUCAAAGACAAAUACAACUGAAUCGAAAUUAUGCAUCCAAGGAGUAGAAAAGCCUGGUGGAAACAAAAAAGAUAAAGAACACACUGGUGAGUGCAAGGUCGUUAAAACCUAUGCUAGGCAAAUUAUUCCAAAACAGAGUAAUAAGUUCACACCUAAGUUGCAUGAGAACGUAAAACAAGAUGUGAUGGUGGACCAGAAUUUGGAUGCAAUAAAUAUUGUGACAUCUAAUAAAACCCAGGAAUUUUGUUUGUGUUAUGAUUUUGGCCGUUUAGCUUACUAUGAUAGUGAUAAUUCAUAUGAGCACAUACAUUUUAAGAAUAAUAAUAGUGCUAAUUGUGAAUUAGCUACAAUAUUUUCUAUACACAGUGAUGAGCCAGUUGUAAAUAGCGAUGGAAGUGACGUAGAUAAAGAGGAUAAGACUGAAGAAAAUGUAGAUAAUUCUAUUUGUUGGAAUUUAUUUCAAAACGAAUUUUGUGAAAAUAUAGAUGAUUCUGAACCAGAACCAGUGGUUCAUGAUUGUGUUGUAGAUGAAUGUAAUGAUACUUCUAGUGACAUUCAAGUGUCACCUGUUAAUAAUACAGUUCCGGCUACAAAUGAUGGAAUUGUGUCUGAUAUUCAGCCUGAGGUGCAUAUUGUAAAUAAUUCUGAUAUUAUUUUAGACACCAAUGACCAUGAUAUGGUUGAAGCUGAAACCAAAAAAUGCAAUAGUGUUAUAGAUGUAGGCAAGCCUUUGAGUACUAAUGUACAUGAUAGUAGCAGUUCUGCAGACAGUGGGCAUACAAAUACUACACAGGGAAGUCCUCGAGCUAAUGUUAUGCCCACUGCACCGCAAACAAAGCCAGAAUCUUCAGAGAUAAGUAACAUCUUGCCACAGACGUCCAAACAUGAUGCGAGUAAUAAGGAAGUUCAGAAAACUCCUGCCCAGGAAGCAAAAGUUGCUGCAACUAAACCUAUUCAAAAGAAUUCUCGAAAGCGAAGUUUCAUCGGUAAAGAUAAGGGUGAGCCGUCUUCAAAGAAGAAUAUAAAAUGUGCAAUUUGUGAAGACUUGUUUUCUCAUGCAGAAUGGGAAGACCACGUGGCCAAUGAGCAUGAUUUAAUUGCUUGGCAAGUGGGUGGUCGUAUUUAUUUGGACGAUCGAGAUUUAGUGCGCAAGUUGAAAGAAAAGUUGAAAGCCGAGGGCAAGUUGGUGUGUAGUUUAUGCGGCAUGACAACGAACAGAUUUAAUCGGUUCAACGAUCAUGUUAAAUACUGUAUAAAGAAAAAGAUGUCAGGGGAAAGUGAAAAGGUAGAAAAGCCAACGCGCAAAUCUAGAGCGCCAUUGGAAGAAAACGUGACUUGUGGUGUGUGCGAUAAGAUCAUGCUGUCGGAUAGGUGGUAUGACCAUAUAAGCAGGGAUCAUAACUAUUUGGCGUGGCAGAAAGGAGAUACUCCUAUAGAUUUGUCAAAUGAGUCAGCAGUUUGGGCACAUUUGCAGAAUAUAAUUAGGGCUAAAGGGACGCUGACAUGUUGGAAGUGUGGGUUCAAUCGCAGCCGUGCUAAGCUAUUUCUGGCGCAUGUAAAGACUUGUGAUGGCACUAGGCAUUUACUGGAUGAUUCUGCGACGGGUGCGGAUUUGAAUGGGCCAGUUACUGAUGAUACUGCCUUAGGUCAAUCAGGAGGAAAGCGUACGGUGAAUUGUGGAGUGUGUAAAACGGAGAUUGUAAACUCAGCGUGGAUAGACCAUAUAUCGAAGAAACAUAAUUAUUUGGCCUGGCCACAAGGACAUACUCCUAUGGAUUUCGGUGAUGAAGAAGUAGUGUGGAAUCAUUUGCAACAGUUUGUGAGGAGAUAUGGUGGACUGACAUGCCACAAAUGUGGCAUCGUGCGUAAACGAGUCAAAUUGUAUUUGACUCAUAUUGACGAGUGUGAUGGUUCUGCAGAUAGCCAAGCGGACAUGGACGAAAGUUUGAAUACUACAACCCAGUCCCAGUCAACUGAUGGCUGGUACGAAGUGCCAGUAGUACAGGAAGAAAGGAAAGUCAUUAAAUGCGGAGUUUGCCACGAAGAGGUUUCUAUCGUGGACUGGAUACAUCAUAUUGGCAAGGAACACAAUUAUCUGGCGUGGAGAGAUGGUUACAAACAAGUGAAUCUAGAAGAUGAGUCUGCGGUAAAAAUGCAUCUCCUCGAUAUUUCUAGAGAGAACAAUGGUUUAAAAUGCUUCAAAUGUGAGAAAAAGAUCAAGUACCCCAAAGUAUACUUGCAACAUAUAAAAGAAUGCGUCGUUGGCACGGAUACUUCUUGUAGUUGGAUUGAAGAAUUUAGUCAAAAAGAAGUAAAAGAUGAGAUUUUAACCUGCGGCGUGUGCGCAGCUCAAGUAGAAGGCUCUGAAUGGAUCACGCAUAUAGAGACUGUGCAUCAAUACUUGGCGUGGGUUGAGGGACAACCACCUAUUGACCUUAAAAACCAGGCAGCCGUACACCAGCACUUGUACGAAAUGACUAAAGUGUUGGGAGGUCUGGUCUGCCAGAAGUGUGGACUCAAGAGAAAGUACGUUAAGUCGUACCAGGAACAUGUAGCGACAUGCCAGGGGAAAAAGAAAUUUACUGAGGUGUCUGUGGAGUUAAUGUGUAAAGAUAUCAUAGAGUGUGGUGUGUGUGGGAAAACAAUGCCUCCCAAAGAAUGGAAGAGUCACUCCAUGCGUGAACAUUACAACAUCGCUUGGGUCGUUGGAGAUCCUCCCAUUGAAAUAAACAACCCCUAUGCAGUGGAGAGUUAUCUAAAAGAAUACCAGUAUACUCACCACAAGUUGAUUUGUAAGGUGUGUGGUAUCAGCAGAGUGUCCUACGUCGGGUUCUACGCGCACAUCAUUGUAUGCGGGAAGUCGGAAAUGGAAACUGAGAUAUAUAAAAGCACGUGCGAGAUAUGCAACAAUAAGUACUUGCGCAUAUACAAGAGUCAGCACAUGACUAUGCAUAAAGAGAAGGAACUGGCGUUAGAACGCAGGAUACAAGCAGAAAAAGAGAAAGAGUUGAAGAGAGAGGAAGAACUUAACGAUGACAUCAUUCAUACUGGACGCAGGAAGGCAGCAGAAAAAGCAAAGAACGUGAUUGAAAAGUAUAAAAACAGUCUUCACCAUGGAAGCCAUAAUUGUGCGAAGUGCAGAUUCAGUACAGAUGUUGAGAAAGAGUUGUUAGAUCAUGUAUGUGUGGAUAAAUGGGAUGAUGGAAGUGACUCCGAUGUUUCUGUGAAGUUGGAAAUGUGUUCUGAAGAGGAAACGGAUUCUGAAUCCGAUACUGAGGUGGACUCCAAUAUAUCUGAGGAGGAACAGGAAGCUCGCGAGGAAUUCGCGAUCAAGAAGAAGAAGAAGCAUUCGGAUAACCAUGCGCAAAAAAUAAUUCGAUUACCAUACCAAGUCAAGAAUAUUACCCUUUAUAUGAAGAGAAGUACUGAAGAAUUUAAAGAGAGGUAUCUGACAGAUGAGGUUUUGUUCCCGAUGUGGCAUAAAUGUUUGUUGGAGGAAGUGCCUGAGAAUGAGAUCAUUAAUUACAUGCCGCCACUUGAAGAGUCCUGUAAAGUCAGGUUUAGCGAUAUCCAGGACUGGAUGACAUUCAAACGAUUUGAAGCGCGGAGCACUAAAGAUUUCUUAGUAAUGUUUGUGGGUGCGAGUAUUCAAGCUAUAUCGUGGGCACCUCCGAACCCAGACACGGAGUUAGCUUGCGGCCAGUCUCAGUUCCUGGCCGUGGCAGUGCAUCGCGGGCCUGACGCACCGCGCCACGCUUGGGACACUACGCCGGUUGAACCGGGGCUUGUGCAAAUAUGGGACUGUGGGAACUUGAUUUCGUCUACAAUACGAUUUGCGCUUGGGAUAACGCACGACUUUGGAACAUUCUGGGCCAUCGACUGGUGCCCGUCGGGAGUAAGGGAUAUGGUCGAAGUCUUGCCCAAUACAAAUAAUAUGCAACGACUCGGGUUACUCGCUGCGGCCUGCUCUAAUGGAACCGCUUACAUCUUCGCUGUACCAUACCCAUCAACUGUAACAGAGAAGGAACAGCCUUUUUAUAAACUGAAGCCGGUUGUUGAACUCAGAUUAACAAAUGGAAAUAGAAAGGUUUAUCAGGCCACUGCUAUCAAAUGGUCUAUGCAAAAAGGACAUUCUCAAGUAAUAGUUGGGUAUGCCGAUGGUACUACGGCGUACUACGAUUUGAACAGUGACUCGCCCCUACUACGAAUCAUAGAAAAUGACGUGACAAUAUUUUACCCCUACCACGAUGAACGCGCCCAGAAUGCCCCCAUCGAGGACGUGGCGGUGUACCCGGGGGCGCGCGACGCGGCGUGCGUGGGCAGCGCGGGCGGCGCGGGCGGCGUGGGCGGCGCGGGCGGUGCGGGCGCGGGCGCGCUGCAGUCGCACGUGGCGGCGCUGCGCGUGCUGUACCCGCCGCACUGGCCCGCCGCGCUGCUCGCCGGGGACGACUGUCUCGUAAACCAGUCCAUCAACGAGCUGGAGUGGUGGGGCGGCGGGCGCAGACUGGGCGGGUCGAGCCGCGCGGCGGGCUGCCAGUGGUGCGGCCGCGUGGUCUCCGCCGCGCCGCCGCUACUCAAACUGCUUAGGCUACAUCCUUGCUUCCCUGAUGUGUAUAAACAGGUUAUAGGAAAGUUCCAAAUGAUUCCACUUGGAAAUAAACGCAAGCGUCAAACGGACGAUCUGUCUUUGGUAGUGGAGCCGCUCACGUACUCCGAAUCCGCCAAGAAGUACGGCCUCCAGUUCCAACAGAUCACUGCCAGAGACCGGUCUUCACAACAGAAGCUGUCUGCGUUGCCACGAGAAGCAUUCCCUGAGCGUUUCCCGCUGUCUGACGUGGCAGCCAUGGCGUUCUGUCCCAUCCUAAAACAACAUCAGAAGUUAGCUGUGGCCAUGCACGCCGGACUCAUCAUCAUCAUGAACGUAUGAUACUCGUUUACACAUAGUACCUAAUAAAUAUUUACAAAAAGAAAUUCGUAUGUAAUAUCUUGAUCAAGCUAAACCCGUCUGAAAUUAAUAAGCAAUCUUGACCCAAUUUUUGAUGAUCUUGAUGGACGUUUUCAGUUUAUAAAUUAGGUGAAGCGCUUCAAAUACAAGUCAAUGCGUUGAUUUUUGGUGCUAUCUAAGAAUAAUAGAGAUUGUGAUCCAUUAUUAAUUUCGGCGUAAGUACAGCUCAGCAUUAUACCGCCGACCAAUAUUUAUUUGGCAUCAGAUUCAAAUUGUGUAACCUUUCGGAUGCCAGGGGUGACUCUUUGGAUAAGACUAUUUAUAAAAUAUGUAAUGCAAUGUUAUCGAAAUGAUUGAGUGAAUGACAUUUAAUUUAGGUAUAUUAUCGUGAGUUCCUAAAUUGGAAGUGUGUUUGGUUGAAUGUCUGUGUGCUAUGGUGGUUUUAUAUUAUAACGGUAUUUAUGUGGCCUACGUGUUAUAAUUGUAUUAUGCGACCUGAACGACACAUAGCGUUCGAUCACAACAGUAAGCAACAUUGGCCCGUCUAUAUGUAGUAGUGUGAGUCACUGCUGUCAAGAUGAUGCAAGCGAUGUGUCGAGUUUGAUUCUUAUAUCAGUUAUAUCUGAACACAGAAGACAGUUAUCAUGAAUGAAUGGUUAGGAGAAUACCAAAGACAAAACGUAGAAUCUAAAAUUACAAGGAGUAAUCAUUGCUAGCGUUUUAUAAGGUGAAUCAAAUCAAGAAAAGAGAGCAGCACAAAAGGCGUAUUUGUUGGGGUUGAUUUAAGUGCUUCCAGUACAUGUUAGGUAGAUUUGCUGUGACAGCAUGAUUAAGGAAUUUAGUUGGGAGAUUUUGGAUGUACCGGCGCAUGAUGAAAUGCGAGAUAACGUAAGGUUGUACGCAAAAAAGUCGAGAUAGGAAGAUGGUAUCUGCGAUCUCCAUAUAUACCAGUUUCUAUUGGUUAUUGAAGGAAUAGGCUUGGUGGAUAGCGUGCUGUUAUGUCCAACAUAUCUUGCGAUGGACGUUAUCGGUAUGAGUGAUUACUUUGUUUGUGACCGAUAGGAGAAACGUCAUACAGUAAAGAGAAAUAUUCGUUUCAAUGCCGGUCCUGACUAAUGGUUCCGUGGGCUAAGCUUAGCGAGACAUUAGCUCAGUGGGUACUACGUUUUAUUAAUGGACGUAAAAUUAUUGAACAUAACUAUUUGUUAUUGUAUUUAAAAUAAUAAGAAUAAUCGAUGUUUUAGUAUUUAUGUUUUGCCGGAAAAAAAUAACGAAUUCUUGGAACGUGGAAAUGUAUAAUUGUUUUUAUAAAUCUGACCACAAACUCAACUUGUUUUAAUGUAUGUGAAUUAUCGACUGUCUAACAUAUUUAUUAUUAUGCAUGUCUGUGCAUAUAGUUUUUUUAAGAUUAAUAACAUAAUUUUUAAAGUUUUAUAAUAGAAUAUAAUUUUAUUCUUACAAUAUUAUGUUGUUAAUUUAUAUUUUUUUGUUUUGCAAAAAUGGUCGAUAGUCUGAUGAUGUCAAAUGCCGCUAAAGGUAAAUGUACCUAUAUAUUCCUAAGUUGUAUUUAUUACUUACUUGUUUAAGGAUUUUAAUGUUAUGUGAAAUCACAUAUGUAAAUUUUAUUUUUGUUAUGUGUAAAUAUGUAUAGGUUGGAUAUCCGGUCGCGACCUUACUUUGAUUUUGCUAUGAAAAAAAUAUAUGGAUAUGCCUUUUAAAGUAAAGUAUUUUUGAACAGUUUGCAAAAUACCGUGUAGUUUAACAUAACCUGAAUAUACAAGACAUUUAGUUUUACACUACCAGUAAAUCAUUUUCGAUCAGUACGAAUAAUUUUAUUUUACUGGUAAAGGCAUAUCCAUAAUUAUAUGUGCUCGUUCAAAUAAUGAAACAACUAAUCCAGCGGCCAAAUAUCGAAUCUAUAAAAUGUUGCAUCUUGUUUCAAACUUCUGUAAGUUCGUGGGUAAUCUGUGAAAACUGUUUUUUAUUACUUUCUGUAGGUACAGACUACAAUAUUUACAUAAUAUUAUUGCAUUUACAUAUUUUUUACAAUAGCAACAUUUUAACAACGAAAAUUAACUUUACACUGCUAUGUAACUAUAAAGUAAUUUAAACCAUAGAUGAGCAGUAUGCAGAGUUAUCGAUUGGCGGAUUUUCAACCUUACGUCUAAUGGGAGAAAUUCCAAAAUUGAGUACGUUCGCAAUGAUGACGCACUUAUUAACUCAUAUUCGAUUUUAAGCUUGUUCAUUUCAACCACAAUAAAUUGUUGUGGUGUAGUGACAAGCUUUCCUUGACGACAGCGUGGAGAAUGCGUCAUUGAUGACAAUUUUUUUCAUUCUUCUUUUUCAGUGUAAAUAUAUUUUCCUGUCUACUGUAGGUAGAUUUCAGUUUUAAAGAACCAAUAAUAGGUACCUAUCAUAUUAUAUUCUAUCCGAAUGAAUCGUGUAUAUUUCAUUGGGUUCAAUUUGUAAAUCCGUUAUUUUAUAAACAUCACAUCAAUAUUAAACUUAGUUUGCCAAAAUAUAAGGCUCAAAGGCAGUGUCUGAUAACUUGCAACACUUAUAAUUUCAGUUGCCAUUAAAACUAAUACUUAUUAAUAUGUUAUAUGAGGCGAUUAGUAAUAUCGAAGUAACCGUGUAAUGGUGUAGUUGUAGAUUAAGAUAUUUAUUCUUAGGUAAUAUCAGAAACUUUAUAUCGGAUUCUACAGUGAUAUUAUUAUUUAACUCCCUUGUAUAUCUUGUUUGAUUGUGAUAAGCUUGUUGCAAAUAAACCUUUUUUAAA